AUGUCAGAGAUAUUGCCAAGACUUCCUGCAAAAUGUGUAGGUCGUGCAAAGAAGGAAUCAUGCUUUAUUCGCAGCACGGGUGUUGAUUUAGUCGAUGAGAAAACCAUGAUUACCCUAUCGUUUCAUGUUCAUCCUUCUGAUGUGUGGAUUUUAUCAAGCUUGAAUGGGCUCUUAUGUGUUUGUUUACGCAAUACGUUUGAAAUGCUUAUUUGGAAUCCGUUGAUCCGUAGCUGCAUCAACAUAUCUGAUUCUAAGUCUUAUGGUUUUUUCAAAAUCUAUUCCGAUGCUGUUGGCCUAUACAUCGAUUCCUCUAAUGAUUACAGAGUUUUACAUAUAAAACGUGGUCGUUUUACAGUUGAUGUUAUGGCUUAUUCAAGGAGGACCAGUCAUUGGAAGAGAUUUUGGCUUGCUGGUGAUAUUGUCAUAAUUCGAUUUGAUGUGAAUACAGAGACGUUUUCAGAAAUAGGGUUUCCAUAUGUUGGCAAUGGUGAAACAUGCCAGGGAAACUUGGUUAAUAUGAAUAACAAACUUCACGUGUUUGUUAGUCAUGGGUUUAUAGAUAUGGUUGUGGAUCUAUAG